AUCAUCAUUACUUUGGCUUCUUUCCAAGUUUGAUUUGUGACGAAAGAUUCUGCUUCGAGCAGUGAAAGCAAAUCCGAAGAAGCAGCGAACAUCCUCCAGAUGGGAGAUACUUCAUUUCUCGAUAGAAUGCUUCUCCAGCUUCGCUCCACUUGCAAGUACUACAGUGGUUACCCUAAGGAUCUUGGGCCAUCGCGUGUUAUCCAUUUUACAUCAGAAAGAGAGUUUGUCCAGCUUCUUCACCAAGGCUAUCCUGUCGUUGUCGCAUUCACCAUUAGAAGCAACUACACACAACAUCUUGACCGGAUGCUUGAGGAAGCUGCUGCUGAGUUCUAUCCCAACAUCAAGUUCAUGCGUGUUGAGUGCCCCAAGUAUCCCGGGUUCUGCAUUACUCGCCAGAAAAGUGAAUAUCCCUUCAUUGAGAUAUUCCAUAGCCCACAACAAGCUGGUAAUGAAGGAAAGGUACAGGAUCCAAAUGUCACCCGCUAUUCUGUGAAAGUCGUACCUUACAAUUAUGACAUGAGUCCUUAUGGGUUCAGAGAGUUCUUCAAGCGCCAGGGAGUUCGUACUUCGGAUCCGAAGUGAUGCAACUUGAAGGUCGGUGUGUAUUCAAAAAGCUUUUGAGUGUAUCAAUUGCUUCUAUGAGCUACCAAUGACUGUUUUUAAGAACUAUUGUAAUACUACUUUUUCCUUCAAAAGAAAUAAACAAAAUCAUUUCUG